AAAACUCGUAAAUAAUUGUAAUCUGAAUCUGAAAUGCAGCAAAUAAUAAUACUUUUUAUAUUUUUUAAUUCUUAAAAGUUAUUCUGUUAACCCUGUACCAAGUUUUGAAUUUGUGCGCAAGUUUAUAAUUAAAUUAUUAUAAAAUACUAUUUAUUAUUGAUUAAAUGUUGAUUAAUUAAGGUCUAAUUAUAAAUAAGAUGCAACCCAUUAUAAAAAAAUUCUUUCAUUGUUGUAUAUUGUGAAUAUAUCCUGUUAAUAUUAUAGUGAACUUACAUAUUUUAUGAUGUAAGUAUACUUACGAGUAACGAUUAUUGUACUGAGUCCUGACUGCAAGAUACAUCUUGUUCAUGGAGUCGAUUGAUCAUUAAUAUUUAAGUAAGUUCUGAACUACCUCAAGAAAGUGAGAAAUGGAUAGAUUUGAGUACAUGGAAGCUCGUUUAUUUGAAGGCGAAACUUAUGUUAAACGCGACAAAAAUGUUAAGCUUUAUGAUGGUGAAGAUAAGACUCAUUACGUUGAUGGUGAAGUAGUCCUCACUUCACAUAGAUUACUUUGGGGGAAGCCUGGAGAUAUUCCUAAAGGACUUAUUUGUUUAUCUCUUUAUUUAUAUUAUGUAUUUUGUUUGGAAGAAGAGAAUGGUGGUAUGUUUGGUCUGGGUAGACCAAAACGUAUCAUUUUACAUCUAGGACCAUCUCUUCCAGGUAAAAAACCAGGACCUGCGGUAAUAAGUACCUAUCACUUUAUUAAACUAUCAUUUAAAGAUGGCAUAGAUGCAGCAUUUUAUAAAGCUCUUAGUGAUGCUGUCUCGUCAAAGGCAUGGGAGCGACAGCCAAUAGAAACAAAUGCCUUUUCAAGCCCUAAUAGUCCGAAAGCAUCAGUUGCUCCCACUAGUUCUAAGAUUAGAUCGGGAAUUUUGGGUAUCGAGAGAAGUAUUGAAGAGCAGCAUAGGGCUACAGAUGAAAGUAUCAGUGUGGCUUUUCAAGAUUUGACUAAAUUAAUGGAGAAAGCAAAAGACAUGGUUUCAAUUUCUAAAACUAUAUCAUCAAAAAUUAGAGACAAACAGGGCGAUAUAUCAGAAGAUGACACUGUCAGAUUUAAAUCAUACCUAAUGAGCCUUGGUAUUGAUGAUCCAGUUACCAGGGAUGCAUUCCGAUCUGACUCGGAGUAUUAUAUGGGCCUUGCGCAGCAGUUAUCUGAUAUGAUGGUCGGAGUUUUGCUGGAAUGUGGCGGACUUAUGUCAUUAGCAGAUGUUUGGUGCAGGGUCAACAGAGCUAGAGGUCUAGAGUUAAUAUCACCAGAAGACUUAUUGAAUGCAUGCAAAUUGCUGCAAACAAUAGAUGCCCCGAUGUCUCUACGGAAGUUCCCGAGUGGAGCGUGUGUUCUUCAGCUCAACAGCCAGAGAGAUGAGGAAGUGGCCAAAGCGACUAGUCAGAUGAUUGAAGAAAACGGCGCACUCACACCAGAAAAACUAUCACAAAUUGCAAAUGUUUCCGUCCUACUUGCCCGAGAACGACUGUUUACUACAGAAAGAUUGGGUUUAGCUUGCAGAGACGAAUCUAUUGAAGGAUUAGCAUUUUAUCCAAAUCUAUUUUUAUCUAAAGUGUAAAUUAAAAAGAAUUAAUGAUGAUUAUAUAAUUAUUUUCAAUGUUA